AUGUAUAUGUGUUCGGACCUCUUGUUGGAAGACAUGGGAAGAGACCCCUUGCAAUUCGAAUCUCGUAAGUUAAAAUUUUGACGUUAUUUUUAAGCUGAUUCGUGUUGAAACAGCUAAGAAAACAGCGUUAAGACCACUGAAUCUCGGAAGGGAGGCCAAUAUAACUUAUAGACGGAAUUUUCGAAUAAGUUCAGGUUAGUUUCUACAAAUGGCAAAGAACUUGUGCCACUAUUCAUUUCUUCCAAGUUUUAAGUGACAGCACAAGGUUUCAACAAUAAGUAUUUCCCACAUAAUUUGAUUUUUCCAUUUCUCAUUAACUGACAUCACAAGGGCGGAUCCACGAUUUUUUUUAGGAGGGGGUGCACUCGUCUCUUGCUCUACUUCAACACCAAUAAACCACAUAGUUUUUUUUUUCAGAAUACCAGUUGUAUUAGAAAACUGCAGGUCAUCUCGGGGAGGGGGGUGCGCACCCCCUGCACACUCCCCCUAGAUCCGCCCUUGCAUCACUUUCAAUACCUUUAUUUAAAAAAUGCAAAUAGGUCACAUUCUUAACCUCAGGGGUUAAGCCAAGAUGACGAUGCACUUUUACACAGACAGUUAUGUGUUCCAGUUUUGUGGUCAUGUUUUUAGUGACUUUUACAAUUUUAAGGCAACUGAGAGCCAGAAUCUCCAAAGCAGCUGUUUUUGUGUCCUCUCUCAACGCUCCUCUUGUGUCAAAAACGGAUGCAUAGACGGAAACUACUGAGAGAAAAGAGACCUUCAAACUUUAUAUAUAUACAUCUGGGUUUACACAACAAUUGUUUUGGGCAUCACAACCCUCACCCUGCUGGGAACCCGUGCCUAAAUGCUUGGCUCGUCAUUUGUCUGCUUAAACUACAAAAUUGCCUGGACACUGCUGUUUUCUGUGGGCACUGUUAGAAUUAGACACGGCACCCCUAAAUUAUAUCUCGUGCCACAGACAGAACUAAUAAACUUCUCGUUAAGUCAUUAAAGCGGAACAUAUCGAAGCAUUUGCCAGCGGUUUAACCUGGUUUAACAAUUUCAAAAUGGCGAACAGUAGACUUCCACAACUGAGCGGGCGACAGACCAUUUUGUUGUGGUUUUCAUAAUAUGGAUUUUCAGAAAUAUAUAGUGUAGGGAGAAAACCCCUCACUGGCUGCUUCAGUAACAACGUUAAGACGUUAACAUGCUAGCUGAUAUAACUGGAUGCCCUCGAGCAAAUGUACUUCCAGCGGGAGUGGCUAACUUUGGGCAAGCUAUGCAUCCGUUAAUGUAUCGGUCCUUAGAAAAGCCACCCCAGGACACCCCGGAUGGAUUUGAUUUGUACAGUGCCCAGGCCUCAUUUGCUUGGCCGCGCGUUGAGCUGGCCCGGCCACUUUGGCGCGUCGACUUCGGCCUUUUGGAUUAUUUCCUUCGUUUUUGUCAAAGUCUGUGGCAUUCGCUUCUCUAGCUGGAGUUUGGAGUUCGACUUUUAUGAAAAAAGUUGUGUUGGAAAGGUAGCAUGCCAGCCGAUAUGCCAUCUCGUGCCUCCUACCUUGUGUAUUAUAUUGUGUGGAGAGUGAAUUGGAGAAAAUUAUUACGAAAAUUUGUUUGAGCGUUAAGGACAACAACAACUAACUGCAUAGUAAGUUUCGUUGACCUUUAUUUAGUAAUUCCUACAAAUUUUAGGAUCGACGGUAUUUUUGAAUACCCCAUAGAAACACUGUAAUUUUACCGGAACCGCACUGUGGUACUAUCACUGAGCCUGGGAUACCUGUAGUUUUAUCUGGUGUUUUAGUAGGUAUCAAGAUUCAUCCACCUGACCCAAAUAGUCGUCAUUUAUUGACUUUUGACUGCAUGAAUAAUUAGUGAAUUUGAGAAGUUUUAGUAGCACUUUCAAAAUCCAAAGGCAAUUUAGAAAAAAAGUUAGCUCCAUGUAUUAUAUAGACAGCUAUUCUAUUCUUGGGAGAGAAACGUCACUGUUUUUGGUCAUGGAUAGCUAUGAUGGAAUUGUGCCAGUCAUCUUGAAAACAUUAGGCCAACGUUUUGAAUUUUUCCUGUGUAUCCCUUACAAAAUGGGAGGGGUAGGAAACGCCCUAAGAGGGGGAUUGAUGUCUGGGAUGAAACGUAUUUAACACUGAUUCACAGAAGCCGGUUGUGUAAAACGAAACGUCCGACGAAGAAAAUAACGUUUGACUUUCAUACCAGUCAAACCUCUUUUUUAGCGCCGACAUUAGCGGUUUCGUCAGACGUUAGGAGGCUGGGGCGACUCCCUUACGAAAAGAGUUCAAUUCCCACUGGAUUGGUUUGGAACACCAACCUGGCCGCCAUGACGUCAUGUAAAAAUGCUCUGAAUCCGAGACUUUCUGGUCACUUUUCUAAAUUUGGUUUGGUUUUUUUUGGUGCUCAAGUUUCUUCUGGGAGUUGCGAGACAACAGAAUCGUGCAAAAUUGCCAAUUUUUAACCGAAAGCCUCGGUGUCGUGAUAGAAUUUUAAUAUAUCGAACGUGGGCUAGUAGCAACUCAGUGGAGACAAUUGGUGCAGGUUUCUUUCAACAUUCGCUAGCUAACUUUUAUGUGCUCGUUUUAUCCCCGUCAAAAUAAUUUUUACAAAACGCAUUAUUUUCGUGUUUAGAGAAACUUGAUCACGUGACCAACUUUUGCGAAAUGCCUAUUUCUUUAUUCACGCUACUGUGUUUAUUCAUUUAUUUAGAACCUGUGCUGAAAUAUAACCGAGCAUAUUUUCGAUCAAAAACAAUGAAUAAUUGCCGUCACGACACUAUCCCUUUACUGAAUGAUGGUGUUAACUUGCGGAACAUUUUGUAUUGAUAACAGCAUGCGAUUGAUGAAAGCGAAAAAUGCGAUAAUUCCGGAUUCAUUAUGCUUACGAUCAAAUAAUCGGCUUUUGCUUUGAAUUAAGAAACUCUCGAAGAUGUAGUCCUUAUCUGGAUUCCAAAGAGUUUCCUCUUUAAAUAUAUUGUAAGGAUUAUAAAGCUGAUAUGUAAUAAAUACUCAGCCCUUAGUUUUCAAGUCGUAUUUGUUACCAAUACUGAAGAAACAUUCUUGACUACUCUCUGCAGAUGUUGCUGCUCUGAAGUGUUACUUCUGUAAUGAAGUGGGUAACGAUGCUUGUUCAAAGAGUAAACUGGAGAGCGAUCAAACUAAAUACUCGAUUGACUGUGGUGAUCUCUCCAACCGCUGUAUCAGGCAGGAAAACGAGGUACUUGGCAUCAAAGGAGUAAGUGCAGCCUGCGCCACUCAAAGCCUCUGUGAUUCUUUGAAGACUGCUUGCGACAAACUCGACACCUGCAACGACGUGGCCUGCUGUGAAACAGACUACUGUAACGCAGGCUCAGCUGUUUUCUCAAGCGUGUUCUCGAUGGCCGUUUGCUGUUUUGUAGGGCUGGUGCUAGCGAUGUAA